AGAUAAGCCGUUACCCUGCGAAACAGUUACAGAAAUCAACAAAAUCUGCUUACAGGGUCCCCGGAUUCUCUACAUUUUAAAGCAUUAGUAUAUACUGUACGUGCGAUAUGAUCGAGAGAGCGAAUGAGUGGCCCUGUUCUAUUCCGUGUCCGGGGCCUAUAAAUAGCCACGAGCGUUACCUGCUUAUUUAACUGUGAACCGUUCAAGUCUCCCAAGCCACUACAUACAGCUGCGUCUUUUCCUUCCCUCAUCGUCUUCCUCUUCUUCUCCAUUUAGCUUCACAGUACCAAAUUCAAGGCUCUAGAGAAUGGGAAGCACAGAAGGAACCACUUAUGGCGCAUACACGUAUGAGAACCUUGAGAGGGAACCAUACUGGCCAUCAGAGAAGCUCCGGAUUUCAAUUACUGGGGCGGGUGGAUUUAUUGCUUCCCACAUUGCUCGGCGUUUGAAGAGUGAGGGUCAUUACAUCAUUGCUUCUGAUUGGAAGAGGAAUGAGCACAUGACUGAAGACAUGUUCUGUCACGAAUUUCAUCUUGUCGAUCUAAGGGUCAUGGAUAAUUGCUUGAAGGUGACCGAGGGAGUUGACCAUGUCUUCAACCUUGCUGCCGAUAUGGGUGGGAUGGGCUUUAUUCAGUCCAACCACUCGGUUAUUAUGUAUAACAACACAAUGAUUAGUUUCAACAUGCUUGAGGCCGCUAGGGUCAAUGGAGUCAAGAGGUUCUUCUAUGCCUCUAGUGCCUGUAUUUACCCUGAAUUUAAGCAGCUGGAAACUAAUGUGAGCUUGAAGGAAUCUGAUGCAUGGCCUGCGGAGCCUCAAGAUGCUUAUGGCUUGGAGAAACUCGCGACAGAAGAGCUGUGUAAACACUAUACAAAAGACUUUGGAAUUGAAUGUCGGAUUGGUAGGUUCCAUAACAUAUAUGGUCCCUUUGGAACAUGGAAAGGUGGAAGAGAAAAGGCCCCUGCUGCUUUUUGCAGGAAAGCCCUCACUGCUACAGAUAAAUUUGAGAUGUGGGGAGAUGGAUUGCAAACUCGUUCUUUCACCUUUAUUGAUGAGUGUGUUGAAGGUGUGCUCAGACUGACGAAGUCAGACUUCCGUGAGCCAGUGAACAUUGGAAGCGAUGAAAUGGUUAGCAUGAAUGAGAUGGCUGAGAUUGUUCUCAGUUUUGAGAACAAGAAGCUGCCUAUUCAUCACAUUCCUGGCCCAGAGGGUGUCCGUGGUCGCAACUCAGAUAAUACGCUGAUCAAAGAGAAGCUUGGUUGGGCGCCAACAAUGAGAUUGAAGGAUGGGCUGAGAAUCACUUACUUCUGGAUUAAGGAGCAGAUUGAAAAGGAGAAGGCUCAUGGUGUUGAUUUGUCAAUUUAUGGAUCUUCCAAGGUUGUGGGCACUCAAGCCCCUGUUCAGCUGGGCUCGCUUCGUGCCGCUGAUGGUAAAGAAAUGAACUAGCCGCUGUUGCAAGCUAGCCAAUCAGUUCUACUACUAGUAGCACCUAACAAGUCAAGCUUUGUUAUGGCAAGGUUCCCAUCAUAUACCAAGGGGUAGGAGUAUGUAUGUGUGUUUUAAAAUAUUGUUAGAAUCAUAGCUGUUAUCUUGGCUAGCUAUCUGUAAUUUUCUACUGUGUGCUUGUUUGAAGAGAAGUAUGAGUGCCCUGGUUUAUUUAUCUUUCUUUUGAGAGCAUUUUUCCAAUAAUAAUGUGAGAUAGUAGCAAAUGAA